UCCAGGUCCCACUGGAUGUUUGCAUGGGGAGGGGGUUGCCUUGGGUUGGGUUGAUGAUGAGAAUCUUCUAUUUUCUUGAAGAGAGGUGAUGACUUAAAAAUCCUGCUCUAUAGGAUUAUGCUGAGGCCCAGCCUAGGUGAGAAUUUUGGAAGAGGAUGCUGGGAUCCCCAGCAGGAGGGAUUUGGGGCUGGAGACCUGGAGGCCCUGAAGGGUAUCUGCAGGGGCCCCAACCCUGUCUCUGCACUUGUCUGUGAGGCAGCCCAGUUUCCCUGUGUGGGCUUGGUGUCAGUGCCCUGGUUCCCUAGAGCAGGGCAUGUGGGUGGUUCAUCCCUGAAAUCACGUUCUCCCUUUGUGUCUUUCACUGAACUCUUCCACCCAUGAGGGCCCCCUGGCCUUGAGAGCAUAGUUGAGCGGAUCCUGCUGGGCUCAUGGACCAGGCCACGUGGGGUCACUGAGGGUCAGCCUUCAGGACAGGAGGGAUUCCUCAGGGAGACAACCUGAAUCCCCACUGGUGAGGGAUUGGUUCUCCAGGAGGGCUGCCUCCUUGGGAAUCUGACCCAAGGAGGACACCUUCCUUGAAGCCCUGCAGGAGUGACAAUGGUCCAGGCAGGAAAGGGUUCCAUUAGUCCCAUGCAGGGCAGCUCCCAGCUGAGACUCGGUGCUGGGGUCUGGCCUUGAGGACUGCCCAGGCCACAUGAGGCAGGGUCCCAGUCUGCUCUUUCCAGUGUAUGCUUGGAGAGGGAGCCUGGGUAGGCCCCCUCCCUGCACAGGGGCAGGCUGUGCAUCUGCCGGGUCUGCAGCGGUGCCUGCCUUCAGGGCCAGCCUCCUUGGUUGGCCUGAGCCGGAUAGUGGCCUUGGCCCCACCCAGGGGUCACGGUGCAGCCCAGGAAUUGUAGGGGAGCUGGCAUGGGGAGUGGAAGUGCUCCAGGGGCUUGCAGUAGGGCACAGCCUGGGCAUCUUGCUCGAGCCCAGUGACCAGCCUGCCCUCUUUUCCAGGGUUCAGUGGCAGGGAGGACCAAGGGUCCCCCACAUCUAUGACUAUCACUGUUUCACAUGGAUCCCAUCACGUGGGUCCAUGGAGGGAGAGAAUGUGUGAGUUAGCACCCCCUGCCUCCUUUCCCGCACGGAGGCAUGAGGUUCUGUUCAGACACUUUUCCCUGUCCCUCCAGAUGGUGACCCUGAAGGAGGACUUGUGUUGGGCCCAAUGGCCUGGAGCCAGUGUCUGUCAGCCUGGUCCCCAGCCCCUGGUCCCUCCGUUCGGGGUCCCUGACUUCCUGCAACACUGGUCUCUUGCACUGAGCUUUGUGAGCUCUUCCAUCCAGGAAGGCCCCCUGGCAUUGACUGGCAUAGUGGUGGAGAGAGCAUCGGGUGCCCCGCAUCCAUGACAGGCAAGUAUUCCACAUGGAUCUCAUCACAUGGGUCCAUGGAAGGCAAACAUCCCUGAGCUGUCACACCAUACUUUCUGUCCACAUGGAGGGGUGAGGUUGUGUUUGGACACUUGUCCUCUUCCUGUUCCUCAAGAUGGUGACCCCAGAGGAGGACAUGCAUUGGGCCCGCUGUCCCUGGCCAGUGGCCAUCAGCCAGGUGCCUAGCCCCUAUUGCACUGAAACUCGG